UCCAACCAUAUCACUCAUCCUGGAUCCAAACCUCGACAUGUCUAUACGGUGACAUCGACCUAGCCUUCCUCCAGCCGCGCAAUAGGUGAGACCCUAUUUCGCUCGCUCUCAAAUGCCUCACACGCGUUCGACUCGAGCAAGACUCCAUUCAGCCUCAGAGUCCCUAUCGCAAUCACUGCCUCGAGCUCGUCGGCAAAGACGGGCAGCUGUCGAGGCGUCCAAAGUUGAGGAGAUUCAAGAGUCAUUCGCCAGCGCCUCGACUGCCUCUCUGCCUCCUGACUAUACAAUUCAUCUCGCUCUACGACCUCACACUCAUGUCGCCAGCGAGGAAGAGCUUCGCCAUGUCAUUCGGGGACAGGAGCUGUUGGCGGAUGGAUGGAGGCGAGGCGAGAGAGAGGGAAAGCUUUGGGAGCUCAGGGGCGGCGAACCUAGGGCUCGGAACGUCACAAAGACUCAGCAAGACCAGCACGGCCAGGAGCUUGGGUAUGUCGAGGCCGACGUACUGUGGUACUCUGCAGGACUGAGAUACGCUUGUUCCUGUGAUCUUCAGCCACUGAGGUCUUCAUGGAUGCCUAUCGGCAUUCCGCCGACUUCCGAUGCCAUGCCAAGCCUCCAACCCGACUCGCGAUGCCCGCUGGUCGGAGAUUGUCUCCCUGAUUGGCAGACCAUGCCGACAGGGGAUCUCGAUCCCGUUCUCGACUCUCUCGAUGAGUUCAAGACAACAUGGCAGACUGUCCGCGAGGUGGUUCCGCCCCCUAUCACGCUUUUCUCUAGUCAGAAAAGCGCUCUCACCGUGGUUGAGGACCAUCCAGAAUCACCGGAAGCUAGGCGAAUCAGGAAAGGGAAAUACAAAGCAACCACUGUCCACUCAUCAGUCACAUUCGUGUCAUCGAGUCCGGCUCAGUCAAACAUUCCACCAUCCCAGAUUUCGAACUCACGCGCUUCUUCACGCAGCAUAUCCCGAGCCCGACAGCCACUGCUCGAGAUGUUGCAGGGGGCGAACGCUGCGGGGAACUAUACAGAUCUUUCGACUCCAGAUUGGGCCGCUCGCAAGGCCUGGUGGAGAUCACUGAUUCGGUCGGACGCAAUCUAUGACCGGUUCUGGUCGAUCAUUCCGCGACCUCACACGCUGGAUGCAUACCCCGCAAAGGGUGUCAGGAAAAAACGUCCGACUGUGCCAGACUUUGUGCUCCCGAGAUAUUAUACCUCAACUCCUCAUCACAUCUUCACGCCAAACCUAACGUCAUGGCUCUCUUCUCACCCCAAAGAACGACUCUACUGGAUGAUACCGCUCCAUGGGCCGGUCAUUAUUCCCGGGUACUCGGACCACGAUCGCGAACCUCCGCGAUCGGCUCCCGUGCCCUCUUGUGCAACCCUCUUGAUCGAUCCAUUGUCAAAGUCCACCCCUUCAACCUCGCCACCGGACAUCAUUUGGACGCCAGAACUCCUUGCACAUUUCUGGGAAUCGUUUCUUGCUCCUUUACAGUCAGACCCGACUCGUCCAUUUGGUUCACUGUCGGUUCGACUCUCUGGACCCAAGCCAGAUCCAUUCAUUGAUUUCCCAUCGUCCUUGGAUCCCAAACCAUCCAAUCGCCCUAGUCCUGGUGUCGAAGUCGGAGAUCAUAUUCGAGUCUAUCUUGACGCAAAAUACAGUCUACGAUUUCGGACCUGGAUCCGAGGUGUCGAGAUUGAUUCAUCGUAUCAGGGCGCCGGUAUUGGGGAAGGGUUGAUACGGCCAUUUUUGAAAAUUCGGCUCGUCUUGAUGACCUUGUUUGGCCAGGCUCUCAUUGUCGCUUGAGACUGAUAUCAAGUCAAGAUCUAUCAUCUGCCAGUCGCUUGCUUGAGUAUGCGGCGGGGCGGAAAGCAAUUGCCUUGCCACGGCUGAUUACGAUCUUGCACGCAUCCAAGCUCACGAGACAUGCAUAGAGAUA